ACUGUACUGUACGUGCGCGGCGUGCGUAGUGCAGCGCGUCUAUGUUGUGCGCGGUCUACUACUGAUGCUGCUGAGAUGAUGCUCUCGUGAAUCGCGCCGUCGUGCGUCGUCCAUUCUCGAGCUGCAGCAGAGUACCUAGUAGUGCUCGCGCUGCUCCAAAACUCAUCGAAGCUCACGCCUCACACCGCGACGACCGCGACCCGGGCUUGCAUCUUUGCGCGCGCGCGCGCGCACUGCACUUUUUACACUUUUUACACUUUUUACACUUUAUCGCUAUUAUACGUAUAUAUGCACUCUCGGGCCUCGGCUCGCUGUCGCCUCUAAUUCGCAAAUCGCACUGACCGCGCUCGCUAUAGCUGCAGCUAUCAGUAUCACGGCACUGCGCUCGCUCAUAAACACGCGCUAUAUAUAACACGCACGUCUCAAUGUACAUAUUAUAUAUAUGUGCAUACUAUAGUAUAUAUACGCAGGCGCCCCCGCGCAUGUAGCUCUGUCUUUUUCUCUCUGAUUUGCUUAUCCUAUUGGACAUUUGGACCACGCGCGCACCGACAGUCACGGGCUGCUAUUGCUAUAUCAAUUGCAGACGAGCGUAUAUACUUAUACAUCGGAGUGAUAUCGGUGCGCCUCGAUGAUUCUAUUGCCAUUGCGGAAUUAAAUCGGAUGUUCACAUAACCUUCAACAUCAGCGAUCACUCCUUUGCAGUAUGAUUCUCCGCUAAAAUACGACACUCGUUUUGGCGAAGUUCAUCUUGACAGUGCUGGCAAUCGCUAAUAGCAAUUCUCUUCUGCCAGCAUGUGGAUCUGCAUCAGUAAAAAAGCGGCCCGCGCGGGCGCCCAAAUUGUUAGACAAGUAUCGAACUUCGCCGAUGACCUUGGCGAGAGCCUUAUCGAGGCAAAGAAAGUUUUUCUAAAUGAUCAAGAUAACAAGAAGAAUGUCAAGUCUUUGAAAAUUGCGAUACUCGGCCUGCCAAAUGCAGGAAAAAGUACACUCAUCAAUCAUCUCAUAGGAAGACCAGUAUGCGCCACCUCUUCAAAAAUACACACCACACGCAAGAAGGCUUCGGCAAUAUUUUGCUUGGAUGAUACGCAACUCGUUUUCAUUGAUACUCCUGGGUUGGUUGGAAGAGGUGAUGUAAAGAAAUACAAAUUAGAGGAUAGUUUUAAAAAAGAUGUUCAACACUCUAUGAAAGAGGCUGAUGUCAUUGGUGUCUUACAAGAUAUGACAAAUUUACACGCUAGAAAAUUCAUCGAUAAAAAAAUCAUGAGCAUACUUGAGCUUUCCAAAGCAGAGACUAAUUCUAUACUUAUUUUGAAUAAAAUUGAUACUUUGAAACAUAAGAAGCUGCUUUUGGAAGUUGUGCAAAAUCUCACUAGCCAAGAAGCUGGGCCAAAAUUUUCUGAUGUAUUUAUGAUUUCUGCUUUAACAGGAGAUGGAGUUGAUGAUUUAAGGAAUUACUUCUUGGACUCUGCAAAAGAAAGAACCUGGGAAUAUAAUAAAAAAACUUACUCAGAUCAGACACCGGAUACUAUCGUUCAAGAAAUUGUUAAGGCCAAGUUUUUAGAUGAUUUGCCACAAGAAUUACCGUACUUGGUUGAUGUUGUGGCUGAACAUGUUGAAAAAUGUGAAGACGGAAGUAUGAAUGUUGUCGUCAAUGUGAAUUGUCCAUCAGCGAGGAUAGCAAGGAUGAUUAUAGGCAGAAGUGGAGAGCGUGUAAAGAAAGUUGCCAAAGAAGCUGAACAAGUCUUAUGCACGACGUUUACAACAGCUGUAAGAUUGAAAAUAGCGAUACCUAUAAAAGAAGAACCUCUUGCUUUGGAAAAGCAAAGGUUUUGACUUUUUACUGUACAGUGCUUUUCGUAAGGGAGUCUAUCUAAGUCAAACACAUUCUUCUUGUAAAUUGUUUAAUAUUGAAAUAAAACUAAUUUGACUUUAUAA